AUGUGUGAAGAUCUGAAACACCUGAAAAUACUGAAACAGGGAGCGGAAGCAAGGCUCUAUGUUUGUAACUAUCUCGGAAGGCCGACAUUGAUAAAGGAAAGAUUCACAAAAAAAUACAGGCAUCCUGAUCUGGAUACCGUAAUAACCAAAGAUCGGAUAAAAAACGAGGCGCGUUCCAUUGUACGUUGUAAAACAGCAAACAUUAGAACUCCAACUUUGUACUUAGUUGAUUUCGACAGACGACGUAUUUACAUGGAGUACUUUGAAAAUAGUAAAACGGUCAAAGAUUUUAUAAAAAAUUUGUCAAACGUUGAAAAUUCGUGUAUAAUUGAGCAGAUAAAAAUUCUUGCGAAACUGAUCGGUGAAUCUAUACGGAAGCUGCAUGAGAACAACAUUAUCCAUGGAGAUUUGACUACAUCCAAUAUGUUGCUUGUACCGAAAAAUGAAAAUGAAGAAAUAAAUUGGCUUGAAGUUGAUAAAUUGGAUUUAGUCAUGAUUGACUUUGGUCUAUCAUUUAUUGAUUCUAGUACCGAAGACAAAGCCGUUGAUCUUUACGUCCUCGAAAGAGCAGUAGAGAGUACAGAUGUGCCACACCUCGAAGUGUUUCACGAUAUUUUAGAAGCAUAUCAGAAUUUCAGUGAAAAUAAUACUAAAGAAUUAAUAAAUAAAUAUAGAGAAGUAAGUGCUCGGGGAAGAAAGAGGACCAUGGUGGGAUAG